GCUAGGGAUUCAUUCAAGAGAGAGUCUCAUUUUAGGUAUUUUCAUUUUCUUCUUCUUCAACUUCGAGUUACCCAAAUUCCCGAGAUUUUUUCUUUGAUUUUUAAAAGUCAUGCGUUGUGAAAUCGUGUCCCUUUCGUAAUUUUUCUAGUUUGAGGGAGUCAAAAGUCAUACUUUCAUCAAAACCUAAUAAUUUCAUCUCAUUUCAUUUCAUAUCAUACUUCGGUGCAGGAUGGAGAAAUUCAUAAUUCCCUGUUUUGUCUUUGGGAUGGAUUAUGGUGGGAAUGGUAAACAAUCCAGUUCCUACCAAUGCCAGGGUCGGAUAUAACGAUUUGCACGCUGCAUUGCUCAGGAAUGGAUUUUACCUUGUUACAACCGAUCCUACUCCUCCUAACCCUGUUACCACCAUCUCCUAGCAAGCCAUGUUCAAUUUCAACCGUCGUUUUCUGAGCAGUGCCACGGUCGCAACAAUGUACACGCUUCUGGUGCGGAUGCAAGUGCACAGGAUCGACGAAAUAAGCAAAAUAGAAAGAACUCAGGUAUCAAGAAGAAAUGGUUUAUACAUUCUCACAAUCAUGUUGGGCAUGGUGUUAUGAAGAAGCUGUGUGUUGCUUAUACUCACCUCUGAAUGUUUGUUUGGCUUCUGGAGAUUUGCAUAAGAGAGAUUUUCAUCAUUACAUCAAUCAAUGGGGUCAUUUCUUGAUUGCUUUUCCACAGGCUUUUGAUAUAGUGUUAGAAUCUUUAGAGGAUCAGCAAGAGGAUGUACAGGCUGCAAUCUUGGAGAGGAGGAAUUUUAUUACACAAGAACUCCAAUGGCAUGCUUCAUUCAUCCAAGAGUGCGAUUUAGACCCUACAGCAGAGACCACUCAGCACUCUGUGACAGCCAAAUACGUUAACUUCUUGUUAGCCACUGCGUCUGGUAAUCAAGAUAUGGUACAUCUUGAAAUUCCAACCCCAGCUGAGAAGUUGAAGAUUGCUGCUCAUGUUCUUAGUGCUAUAACACCAUGUGUGCGGGUCUCUGCCACGCUUGCUAAGCUUAUUAAGCCACUCACUAGACGUAACAAACGACCUCGCCGAUUCAAUAUGUGGAUUGAUAGAUACUCCUCUGCUGAAUUCGAGGCCUUAACUGUGCAAACUGAGGGGUUACUUGAUUGGCUAAGCAACUCUUUGACGGACGAAGAGCGUAAAGUCCUGGGGGAGGUUUAUCAUCAAGCUAUGAAGCUUGAAGUAGAGUUUUUCUAUUCUCGCCUGUCUGUGCCUACUAAGCUCAUCCCUGUAUCACUCCUGCAUAAUCGUGAGGAGGAUCGUCUCCUGCUAUUUUCUGUUUUUGACUUUGCAUGCACUGCUGUGGAUUCUUUGCAAGGGUUAGAACAAAUGACAUUGUCAAGUGCCAAAGAGAAGUCAAUAGUUGGGCUGCCUCCUCGUCCUGGUCGAAGGCCUCGUCCAGGGAACACACAUCUUCAAAUGUCACGUGCGGAUUUGCAAAAAGCAUGGGAUGCUAUUGUUGUCUUUGAUAAGAGGGAGAUGGAUAAAUGGUUGCUGAAAUUUCUGGCCAUUCCGAUAGCUGUGGGUUUUGACUACGACGGUCUUUGCAAAGUACUUGAGCAGCUCUCCGUUAUCAGGGAUAAUGGAAUUUCAAGAAUAAUUGAGACAGGUGUCCUGAAGGGUCUAAGCUUAUCGCGGAUGCAGCUCGCGGGGACAAGAAUGAAUUUCUAUUAUGGUUGUGUGAAUUUUUUUGAAAAGGUUUUCAGAAACGAAGCACUGAAUGCAUCAGUCCAUGUAAUUUCAUGCUGGUGUGAGGAUCUAAUGAGGUCGGCACUUCCAGGUGAAUCAGACAAGUUGAACCUAAAUGGAAAUGAGUUUGACUACGAAACUGGUGCAGUAACUCGUAGAAUGGCGCUAUCUCCUUCAGCAAAAUUUUCAUAUUUCAAUGACGCAAUUCAGAAAUAUGAAAGGGAACAUGGCAAGCCGCAUGCGACUGUUUACAUCGGUUACUCAGUGGAAGACUUGCUAUGCCUUCUAAACGCUGAUAUUGGCAUCGUUUUGGGGUCAGACCAAUGCAUAAGGGAUGUGGGAGGCUGGUUUGGUGUUAGAUUUGUUCCAUUGUUUGAGGGUACUGUGGCGAAACAGAGGGAAUUCUUCGAAAGUGGCUAUUCGUCAGAUUGUGAGUGGAAGGGUCCUCCUGGUACUCUUUACACAGUUUCUAAUUGGCUUGACAUACAUGCACUCAUUCUGGGUUGUGAUUUGGUUCCUGAUGAACCCUAAUCUGUAUCUGUGGGUCUCUCUCUCUUGGAACAACAAGUAUAGCCGUCAUAUAGACUAGGCUAGCUAGGCUACAGCCUAAAAUUGUUGGGGCACAGGAAAAAUUAUUUUUCUUACAGCGUCGUUGUUUUUAUUGACUACAUAGGUAGUGCUUUUACAUAGGUCUACCACUGUUUUUGCUGGCUGUUAUUGAAAGCUGUUUGUUUUGUAAGCACCGAUUACUGCUUUC